AUGCCAAAUUCAUACAUUCUUAUCAAAGGGGGAACGGUGAUCUCUAUGGAGGCAUCGGAGGGGAAGCCCCUCGACAAUUGCGACAUUCUGAUAGAAAAUGACCGGAUAAAUGCUAUAGGCCAAGACCUAUCUUUGCCGACCGAGAGCAAUGUGUUCACCAUUGAUGCAAAAAAUUGCAUUAUUACUCCGGGGUUCGUCGACGGCCACCAUCACAUGUGGCAGCACCUCCUGCGCGGCAUUACGGUUGAUUGGUCCCUGUUUGGUUAUGCAUGUCACCUGAGGAGUGUCCAUGGGAGUUUGUACACACCAGAUGAUGUCUACUACGCCAACUAUGCUGCUGCAUUGAGUCUGCUCAACAGCGGCAUCACAACCGUCCUGGACCACUGCCAUGUUAUAAACUCGCCCGCACACGCUGAUGCAGCUGUGAAGGGCCUGAAGGAUGCAGCUAUUCGAGGCACAUUCUGCUAUGGGUUCUACCAGAACCCAAAAGAACCUGGGGAUCACGCGAGUACUGCGACAGACACGUUUGACCAGGCCGCACGAGUUGAUGAUGCUUUCCGUGUGCGCCAAGAACAUUUUCCGAGCAAUGAUCCCCACAGUUCGCUUCUCACAUUCGGUAUUGCAUUGAACGACCCACCGACGCAGUCCCGGGAAGAAAACAUCGCGGAACUAGAACUCGCGAGAAAUCUGAGAGCCAGGCUCACGACCGUACAUGCUUCAGUGGUAUCUCACGGGGCCCCUAAGCCAGAAGUCGUCCAGAGUUUUGUCGAUGCGAAACUGAUGGGGUCUGACCUUGUGUUCAGUCACGGAGGUUGGAUGACAGAUAGCGAGAUGGCUGCCGUACGGAAUUAUGGGGCUGGUAUUGUCGGGACGCCCGAUACUGAGCUGCAGAUGGGGAUGGGAUAUCCCGUUGUAUGGCAUGCGGCUGAUCUGGGCUGUCGAACGUGCCUUGGACUCGAUAUUACUUCGAAUCAAGGAAAUGAUUUCAUGGCACAGAUGAGGUUGGCACUUCAGACGCAACGAGCCCGCGACUAUGAUAAUACAGUACACAGAGAUGUCCGCAGGAAGACAGCAGACGUAUUACGCAUGGCAACCUUGGGAGGGGCAGAGGUUAUGAAUAUGGAGUCGUCGAUUGGUUCUAUCGUUCCUGGCAAAAAGGCUGACCUGGUGAUCUUCCGCUGUGACGACAUUGACACGGUGCCCGUUGUGAACCCUAUCGGAACUGUGGUCUUCCAUGUAUCACCGAAGAACAUUGACACCGUUAUCGUCGACGGAAACAUUGUCAAGCGUGAUGGGCAGCUUGUCGGUGUCGACUGGCAGUCCCUACAUGAUCAGAUAAUAAGCAGAUCCCAACGCCUGAUGGACCAAGCAGCCAAAGUCGAUAUGGAGAAAACGGAAUCGCUAUUCCACUCCUUAUUCGAGAAGGCUAUGGAAAAGUAA